CCCUUCAAUCCGAUCGAAAUUUCAUUCCGAUCAAGCUCAGUCAGAUCGAUUAAGGUAUUUACAUGAAGGCUUUUCAGUCCGUUUGAGCCGUCAAUCCAAUUACAAACGGAUUAUUUGGUUGCAUGUAAACGUAGCCAAUGCCAAGAAGAAGGGUGAAGGAAAAUAAGCAAGACAAGACAUGACAAGAAAUUCCACUGUAAGGUGAGUGCAUAAGGGAGUGGCUCGUCUGUGUAAGGAAUGAAUAUAAAUAAAGGUAAUAUGCUUUCACAAACCAGUUGAAAUCAGUUAGAUCAGUAAACUUAGAAGACUGAUUAAAAUAUGUUGCAAACAGCCCUACAAAGAAGAACAUGUCAAACUGUCAGUGUAUCUUUAGUUAAUAACCAAAUAUAAAACUGGAGGAAAGGACUGGCAACCUGUAGACUGAAGAAACAAAACUUGACAGCAUGACAUCAGACAAAAGGCUUUCUGAGAUUAGAAUCAUACUGGUUGGAGGUCGAGAUGUUUUUGGAACAGAAAAAAGUGGAAAAAGUACAACAGGAAACAUCAUUCUGGGCAGAAAUGCUUUUGAAGUUGGAAGAAGAACCGCCCGGUCUGUUAAAGCAGAGGGAGAAGUACAUGGAAGACAUGUGACUGUGGUUGACACACCAGGCUGGGUGUGGUGUUGCUCUGUGGAAAACACUCCAAACUUUGACCGACUGGAAAUCAUGAGAAGUACAACACUGUGUCAACCUGGACCUCAUGCCUUUCUUCUGGUCAUUCCUGUCAAUUCUACUUUUCCACAUAUCUGUAGAGCUCCUUUGGAGAGUCAACUUGAGUUAUUGUCAGAUAAGAUCUGGAAACACAUUAUUGUGUUGUUCAGCUGUGUUGCUCCUUUGAAAAAAAAAAUUAAAGAAAGUCAAGACAUGAUGUGGCUUGUAGGUAAAUGUCAGAACAGAUAUCAUUUUCUAAACAUUAAAAGUUGUGCAGAUUGCUCUCAAGUGGUCACGCUGCUGGAAAAAAUUGAAGAAAUGGUAGCCCAAAACAAUGGCCAUUAUUUACAAAUUGACAAAGGCAUCUCCGUAGGAGAUAAGCAAGACAUAGGAAGUGCAAAAGCAAACAGACAAAAAACAGUACUCCAAGCAUGCAUUAGAGAUGCGAAACAACAUAAGACUGAUAUACGGAUUGUGCUUAUUGGAGGAGUACAGGGUGCCAAGAGUUCUGCAGGCAACCUCAUUCUGGGCAAAAAAGUUUUUGCAGUUAAUAGACCAAAGACAUUAAGGACAACAGUGUGCUGUGCAAUUAAUCAGGCUAAAGUGCACAAUAGGAGACUGACAGUGGUCGACACUCCAGGCUGGUACUACAACUAUCCUGUUGAAAAGACGCCAGAGAUGGACAAACUGGAGAUCAGACGCAGUGUGCAUCUAUGUGCACCUGGUCCACAUGUAAUUUUGUUAAUUAUUCCUAUCCUCGCAUGUCUUGAAAUGACAGUUCACACAGCUGUGGAGAAACACAUGGGUCUUUUAGGGGAAAAGGUCUGGAAUCAUACAAUUGUGCUGUUCACGUGGGGAGAUUGGCUUGGGGACACAACUAUUGAAGAACGUAUUGAAAAAGAAGACAAACAUCUUGAGCUUCUGAUUGAAAAGUGUGGGAACAGAUACCAUGUUUUUAACUGUAAGAAUCACACUGACCGCACACAAGUCACAGAACUUUUGGAGAAAAUUGAGGAAAUGAUGAUAGAAAACAACAACUCUCACUACGUACCAGAGAUGGAAAGCAAUCCGUGUCUGGAAAUUGACCUGAUGCUGAAAACAACUAAAACAAACAUGACAAAAAUGAAUAGGCAAACCCAAAUAAUUCAAGAGCUGCUAAGAGAAAUAAAGCUGGCAGAAUUGAGGAUUGUGCUUCUUGGAGUUGAAGAUACCUGGAAAUUUAUGGCAGGAAACAGAAUUCUGCGAGGAGAAUCUUUAUUUCCCCCAAAGGAGGCAUUUGAAAUUCCUACAAUGCCAAGAAGUAGUAAAUGUGUGAUGAAACAGAGUAAAGUUGGAGGAUGUCAAGUCUCUGUGGUUGACACUCCAGGCUGGUCAACAUCAACUCAAAAUGCAAGAGAAAUUUUAAACAGUGUGACCAUUUGUUCACCAGGUCCACAUGCAUUCCUGCUAGUGCUGCCUGUAAACGAGGCUUUUACAGAGAAAACUAAACAAUCAGUGAUGGAGCUCAUGGGCCUUUUUGGAGAGCGUGUCUGGAGACAUACUCUAAUUUUUUUUUCAAUGGUACACUGGCUGAACAACAGGCCUGUUGAACACUUCAUUGCAUGUGAAGGAGAAGCCCUGCAGAGAUUAGUAAAAAAGUGUGAAAACAGAUAUUUUGUUCCAAUUAGUUGCUGCCUGCUAGAAGAUCUAUGCACCUCGAUAGGCACUAAUUUACACAAGGCGAUAAAAGUGAUGGUGGCAAGAAACAGAGGUGAAUACUUCACUCUAGAAAAUGAGAAAAGCAAUCCAAUGAAAACAGUAUCCCAGAUACUGACUGAAGAGGAGUGGAACAGACGAGAGGAUGAACUUAUAAAGAGGAUGUUGAAGGCAGCAGUGGUGGAUCUAAAGCGUGAAUCCAAGGACACAUCUCUCAGACAAGGGACAACUGCUGACCAUCUGGACUCUCCUUAUUGCUUGUCUGACAGCACCAGUUUAUUUGAAGAUGACACUCCGAAUCGUUCUGAGAAAGUAUCUCACUGGCUCUCACAUGCAGAAAAUGCAGCAAAAGCAAACUAUAUUACAAUAACCAUUAAAACAACGUGUAAAGACCAAAAUAUGGAGAAUGUUGAAGAUGAUAUUUCAAUGCUGCCCAGAUGCCUUUCCAUUGACAGCACUUUGAAAUAUGUCAGAAAUGUGAAAGAACAAAAACAUGCAAGAUCAUUUUCAAUAUGAAGUAUAUCAACUAUAUUAGGUGAAUUAGCUAAUUAAAAUGUUAAAAAUAAGUGUAAAUAACUUUGUAUGAUGAAUGGCAUAGUUGUGAACGUAUAAUGUUUCAGUGGAAUGACAACACAGAAAACAGAAAUGAGUGUGCCAUCAGGAAAUUCAAGUCAGAGAAGGAAGAAAGGAAAGAAAAAGCAGAAAGGAAGAUGAGGCAUGAUGUUGAAUCUGGAGCAAAAUGUAGAUGCAGGGUAUAAAGCUUUAUAUACACAUUUAUAUAUUUUUUUAAAUAUGGUCUCAAUUAAAGUGUUUAGACAAAACAGACCGGAAAAAUGGUUUAAAAUAUUUACAUGUUACUCUUAUUCAUUCAUUUUGUUAGCCUGUUAAUUGCUGCAUUUGUUAUAGUUACAUUUUAACAUGUUGUAGAGUCAACAUAACGUGUUCUAUCAGUUGUUUUGAAACUUAAGCAUGAACUGCGCGAAUGCAUGAAUAUUAGUCAUAGC